AUGGGAAAAGGCUCAAGGUCAAGUCAUCCAAUCCCCAUACUCUGGCUUUUUUUCAAAAAGAAAAUAAGCAACGCACAGCAAGCAGCAGCCUACGGUUUAGUUGGAUACAUCUCGCCGCCACCGCCCCUCCCAGUCUGUUCUACUACAGCCACCGUCCCCGGGAAGGAGCGGUGGUGAAGGAAAGGGGGUGCGGGUACUCCCACUUCCAGUCCUCUACUUUGCUCAAGACUGAGCGUUUUUCGCUGCCGCUUGUCGCUAGUCUCUUCCCGUUUGCUGCUGCUGCAACAGCCGCGCCUGUAACAAUCCCCAGGACUCGGCAAACCGGAGCCAGAUAUACAGUCAAAGAACCAGAGACAAGAUGAAUAGCCAAGGUCAGGUUGACAUGCUUCGCUGCUGGAAGUGUCGAAAAUAUGUAGCUAAUUCUGAUUGCCUCAUGAAGGACCAAACUGGAGAUUUAUUUGAACAACCACACUGUUCUACUGCUUCUCAGGACAUCUGUAAUGUAUGGCAUAUGAACAUAGAAGCUCUUCCGGACUGGGUGACUUGUAUAAUAGAAAAGGCACAAUGGACAACUGGAAAACUGAACUGCCCAUUCUGUGGAGCCCGUCUGGGGGGCUUUAAUUUUGUUAAUAAUACAAAAUGCUCUUGUGGCCAGUUUACAAAUAUCCAUCUUUGCAAGAGGCGAACUGACUAUCAAACAGUUAAUUCGGUUACAUCAGCAAUAUCGCCACUGAAGCACUUGUCUCUUUGUAAAGUUCAUUCUGAAUUUAACAAAGAAAUGUGGCAGAGUGUGACAGAUGGAUUGUUAGGAACCAGAAAUCAAACACUUCCAUACAUGGCCAAAAAUAACAAUGGCAUUGGGAAAUUAAUGGAGGCACUUUGCCUAGAGGUGAGAUCAACCAACUUUGAGACGAAUAGUAAACAAUUACACUUCAAAGUGUCUAAUCCAAAAGCAAGUAUUUCAGCUCCACUGGCUGUGAAUGACAGAUACACUGUAAAAGCUUCUCAUAGAAAAUCACAGAGUUUAGACUUGAACUUCAGAGAGAAGCUUGUUUUGCUGCCUACUUUAUAUGGAACUUCCACAGCUAAGAGACCUGUUUUCUCCAGGCAACAUGAAGCACAGCCUUUUUGCACAAAGGGUUGCUUACAAUUAAAGCCCAGCAGAACACACAAUUAUUUUCAUUUCCCACUUAAAUCAGAUGCUGAUGAGCUUCCAAAGAGUUUUUCAGCUACUUCCUACAGUGUAUUAACACAAGAAGAGACAAGAUUUAAUAAUGGUUUAAAAGCUUCCAAACACUACCUUGAGAGUGACCAGCAGCUGUUCCUGUCUUCAUCAGAGAGCACUACAGAAGAAGAUACUGUGCAGCAGCACAUCACACCUCUUAGUCUUCUUAAGCCUUUGACAACUAUUGAUCAAAAAUCGAGCAAGCGAAAAAGGAACCGACUGAACAAUUUAAGGAGAAAGCAAAGGUGGCAGGAAAGGUGGCUACAGAAGCAGACUAUGAAUACAGAGGAGGAGCAUGAACACUGGCGAGACAAGGAAAGCUACCUCUGUGCAGUGUGUCUGGAUGUUUAUUUUAAUCCAUACAUGUGCUACCCCUGCCACCACAUCUUCUGUGAACCUUGCCUACGCACACUCGCCAGAGAUAACCCAACCAGCACUCCAUGUCCUCUGUGCCGUACUGCAAUAGCCCAAGUUUUUUUCCAAUCAGAACUGAACAAUUCAACAAAAGCUCACUUUCCUGUUGAGCAUUCAAAAUUAAAGGAAAAUUUUCAAGAAUCAGGAUUAGCAAAAUGGCCCCUUCCUAGCUGCAGGAAAGCAUUCAGAGUUAUUGAAGGUUUUCAGAGCACAGAUUCCUUUACACGAAGGCAUUUCCCACAUGCUGCUCACAGGAUGGAUUAUAUGGACUUUGAGGAUGAUAGCCGGGGAUUGCGAUUUGACAUGGACAUGGUGAUUAUCUACAUUUAUUCCAUCAAUUGGGUCAUAGGAUUCAUUGUAUUCUGUUUUCUCUGCUAUUUUUUCUUUCCUUUUUAAGGACUUGUUUUCCUUACUGUUUAAUUCAGCCAUUUGGCAUGGAAACAAGACAUAUCCUGAUGGAAAAUUCAUGUGUGACGCUUGGGUUUACUGUACAAAAUUGACAAUAGCAAGAAUAACUGUCCAUUUUCUAAUCAUAUGAUUUUUUGUUGCAUUUUGAACUUUGAAUUUUAAAGAAACAUUUGUAUAUAGUAUGUACUUUUACUAACGCAUUCUAAAAUAGGCACAUGGUUUUCUGACCCUAUUUUUUAUUUUUGGUUCUGUAUUGGCAACUUUUAAGCAAAUUAGGGCAGAUCCACAUAUGCACAGUCAUCCAAAAGUUGCUUCAACAGCAAAUGAUGAUGGCGUGUUUGAAACAGUCUUCAUAGGUCAAAUCCCACACAUAGAUCUUCCAUAUCACACCACAAAACGAAUGAUUUCUAUGGAGGAGUUCCCACAUUAAGCUGAUAAGCUAGGCCUAAACGUAACAUAUGUUCUCAUAUGACAACUUUGUUUGCAGUAUCAUAUGCAGUUGUGUUGGGUCUCCAGUUUUCCACCUUAGGAAUUUAUGUUAUCCUAAUUGUGUAGUAAAGUGUAACUUUUAUGUUAAGUUCACAUGGGAGAUGAUUUGGAAGGAAGUUAUUUGUCAGCCAGAGCAGUCUGUGAAGUAGCCAGAAUGGCCAAACCUGCAGAGACAAUCUAGCUCUUUUUUUUGUUUUUCCUAUGGUUGUCUAUCAAAGUACUAGCAUGGAGGGAGGUAAUCACUAGUCUGCCCAAGUGUAUUAGUUAAGGGACAAUGUUAUGGAAACACAAAGGAGAACCCACUUUAGCGCUACCUGUACUUAAUGGGAUCUAUUUCAACAAUGCAAUUAAAAGACACCCAGAAAAUCAUGUUCGAUUACUGUUGGGAGAAAUGCUACACCUCACUCUAGAUGCUUACUCUAACACCACAUACAGCAACAUUACACCUCACUUCCCAUGCCAGUGCUUAACAAUAUAGUGAAUAGGAUGGGGGAGAAUAUCCGCUAAAUUGGACUUAAUACCGGAUUCCGACUGAAUUCAACAGUUUGCUAUCUUUUCAGACCGGCACAGAUUUCUUGCGGCAGGCUGUGUCUAUAAUCGGCACAGAUCUUUUAUGUAGGGCCAUGGCUGUAAUCAGCACUGGGGUUUUUUUUCCAAUUCCCCCCCCAAUUGUAUGUAAUUAUCUUUGUAACUUCUUCUAAGUUGAUGCAUUCAUAACAGUGUGUGCAGGUGUGAUAAACAGGAAAAAAUAAACCAUGUGGAACACCAUGGUAAUUUACAUAGGCAUUUACAUUAAAAAUACACAAAUUUUUUUCACAACCAAAAAAAACCCCAGCGGAUCAAAUCAGCAAGUGCCAAAGCAAGCAGGAACAAAAAAAAGGGCAAAUCAGGAUUGAACGAUGUACUAUAAGCGGAUCGGAACUAGGCAGCAAACCCCAUCCCUAAUAGUGUAUGAUACAUUCAGACUUGGUCAGUGUCAUCAAGUGAUAAAUAAAUGAUGACACCUCACAUACAAUGUUGGAGCAUUGUUGUUUGCCCGUUAUUUUAAAGUUCAUGUCUCAUAUAGAAUCACAGAUGCAUGCAGCAUGAGCUGAGGCAUGAAUAAGGAAGCACAGAUCAAGUAUCAGUCAGAAAGUUCAUAUUACUGCACAUUACUUUAAAGUUUAAACAGUGUUUUUCAGUAGCAUCCACUCACACAUUUAGCUGUGAGUCAUCAAGUGUUGAAACAUCAAGUUAUCAUCAUUCAUGUUCAAACUACCCUUACAUGUAACAGACUGAAAGUAUUGCACAGGUAUAUAUCUCAGCUUUGUAUAAUACCCACAUAUACACAUAAUCCAAAUAUGUGGAAGUGUAGGUAACUGAAAGUAUUGCAGCACAGAUAGAUUGCCAUUAGACUUCCUCAUGAUCUUGGUGGAAGAGGUUUUAAUUAUUUUAAUUAUAAUUUUAUGCUGGAGUCAUACAUUAGAAUAUAUAAAAGCCAAAAUCCAGAAUAGCCACCUUUUACUUUCUUCCCCUUAAUUGGUUUGGUGUUUCUCGGUAAUCAACUUCAGGAAUAGGGUUGGAUCCAGAUUUUGUCUUACUUAGAGUAGGCCCGUUGCUUGCAUCCUAACUAUGAACUGAAAGGCUCCUGGUGUUUGUGGAGGAAACUGUUUCACCCAUCCCCAGAGGAGAUUUCCAAGGGGCAGACAGGCUACAGGAGCAAGAGGAGAUCAGAAAAAAACCCAGUCUACUCCUUCCACUGGUGGGACUAUCCCAUUAGCAGAACUCUGCUCACAGGACACUCUUGCCAGUGGAACCUCCAUUAGGAUCUCAGCCAUUGAAAUCAAUAGAACCUAAGUUAUGACUAACUAGUCACAUUGAUUUCCUCUCCUCUCAGUAUGACUAUGACUGGAUCCAACUCAUUCCUUAAUUUAACAAACAAUAUUAUAAUAUUUAUUAUUUCUAAAGGGCCUAAAAGAAAACAGGGUGUUAUACAACAUAAAGCAGAAUUAACCACAAGAAAAUGCUGCCCAUCUGUUUCCAGUCUAGGUGUGAGACAGUCAGCCAGCAGAUGCAACCCUUGGUCUACCUAAGAGAUUGCUAUCAGAGGAACACAGAGUUCUAGAAUUAGUAUAAUGAGAAAGAGGGCCAACAAAGUGCAGGCAUUGAGAAGUAAAAAACAACAUUUUAAAAUGAACAUAAUAAGGAAGAGGAACUCAAUGCAAAGCUUAAAAAAGGGGGCAACACUGUCAUAUUUCCAGACAAGAAAAGUGAGAAAUAUUCAGAUUGAAGAAUAGAUACUUAUAGUUUUAGAUAGCACGUUACUUAAACAAGUCAGCUUCAUAAUCCAUGGUUUGAAAUGGUGUUGUUUAGAAACUGACCAGACUUUAUUUUAAACCAUGAUCUCUGGUUCAUACGUAAGGAUGAGCAGGAUUCAUGGAAAGUGAAACUAGAUACUGCAAGUGUUUUCCCCCCUACCACACAAGAGAGGAGCAGGGGGGAUACCAGUUUAACUGAGCCUUGUUCCAGCUCAUGCCCUUAGCAGUAAACCAUGGUUUACUGUUCCCUGCAAACCAGCCCAUACUUUUAUGUUCACAGCAUCUUGGUCUCUGCCAAGACUAUAGACCAGCCUUUCCCAACCAGU